AUUCAGUAUGAGAUUUUAUACCUACCAAUACACAUACAGAAACGGUCACGUCAUAUUUCAUAACCUCAAUUUGUAAUUACAAAAUGUAACAAAUAAUUUGUUCGAAUUUUCGAAAACAUGAAAUACCGCACUACGCCUUAUCGUUUUUUGCAAAAAAAUUGGCUUCUGGUCGGUAUUUUAUGUUGUAUUUUUACAGCUGCCAUUUAUCCCAAAUUGGGAUCUAAACAAGGACCUUUACGCACCGAAUACACUGUAAAAUAUGGAGCUGUAUUUAUUAUAUUCCUCAUAAGUGGAUUAUCUUUAAAAACUGAUACUAUAUUCAAGACUAUACAGCAAUAUAAACUACAUUCCUUCAUUCAAUGUUUUACAUUCCUCUUCGUACCUCUAUUUGCAAUUAUAUUUAUUAAGUUUUUGUCUAUAUUCGGCGUACAUCCAUGGGUUCUUAAAGGGAUCAUAACUGUGGCGAGUAUGCCACCACCAGUUUCAUCUGCUGUUAUUUUAACCAGAGCUGCACAAGGCAACGAAACAGCUGCUAUUUUUAAUUCUAUAUUAGGUAGUUUCUUGGGCAUUGUAAUUACACCUAUUUUAUUACUAUUUCAACUUGGGUCUACUACUGUGGUGCCUCUUUUAGAUACAAUAUUCCAAUUAACAACUUCCGUACUUUUACCUCUAAUAAUUGGUCAAUAUUUGAAGACAUACACUGAUGUAAACAUUCACAAAUUGCCUUUAAGUACAAUAAGUCAAAGUGCCCUGCUCUUUGUUAUUUACACUACAUUUUGUGAUACUUUUCUAGUUCCAGAAACAGGACUUUCUGCUUUGGAUGUCCUAUUUACUGUAUUUUCAGUUCUUCUGAUGCAGCUGACUCUGAUGUUAAUCAGCUUCAAUAUAUCCAGCAGAUUUAGAAGAUAUUUCAGUCCUCAAGAUAUCAUAGCCAUAGUAUUUUGUUCCACACACAAAUCUCUCACUUUGGGUAUACCGAUUCUUCGUAUAAUGUUUCAUGGUUAUUCCCACUUGAGUCAGAUAAGUUUACCACUUCUGGUCUACCACCCGACUCAAAUAAUAUUGGGGGGGCUCGUAGUGCCUCAACUCAAAGAUUGGACGCACAUGCAAGGAUCAAAACGACCACCAAUUUAAAUUUAAUGAUAUUUUUGCUCCAUUAUUCAAUAUAUUCAAAUUAUUAAAGAAAACAUUUCAUAUUUU